GUUCCUGGGCUGAGGACAAGGUUCCUGGCGGUGAGGACAAGGCCCCUGUCGGUGACGACAACGUUCCUGUCGGUGACGAAAAGGUUCCUGGGGAGAAGACAAGGUCCCUGGGGUGAGGAAAAGGUUCCUGGGGUGAGGACAAGGUUCCUGGGGGUGAGGACAAGGUUCCUGUCGGUGAGGACAAGGUCCCUGUCGGUGAGAACAAGGUUCCUGGCGGUGAGGACAAGAUCCCUGUCGGUGACGACAAGGUUCCUGUCGGUGACGACAAGAUUUCUGGG